AUGUUCAACUUCAUAGAGUCUCACACAGAUGUUACGCCUCUGGCGCAUCUCUACAGGUAUGCGCCUGCCUCGCUGGUAAACGUGACCGCUGUCGCUUCCGUCUUGGUCGUACUGGUUGGUGCAGCUGCUGCUGUCAGCCAAAAGGUCCGCGAUGCGCUGGUCUUCAGCUACACUUGCUUUCUUCAGCCACUCGGAAAGACAGCCAAUCAGGCCGAGCGCCUCGACAAGUUCUACCAGAACCAAGCCAACGUCUACGACUCGACGCGCUCGGGCCUUCUUAAGGGCCGCACCACGAUGCUCAAGCUGUGUGCUGCGCAGCUACGCGAUAUGCAGGCUUCGAACCCGGGCAAGCCGCUCGUCUGGGUCGACAUCGGUGGCGGCACCGGCUGGAACAUCGAGCAGAUGAACCAAUUCUUCCCGAUCGACCAGCUAUCUCAGGUGUACUUGAUCGACCUCUGCGAGCCUCUGCUCCAAGUGGCUCGCAAGCGAUUCGCCGCUAAGGGCUUCAAGAACGUGCAGGUGCUCUGCCAAGAUGCUAGUCAAUUCAACAUGCCUGGUCUUGCGGCUGGACAAAAGGUGGACCUGUUCACGUGCAGCUACUCGAUCUCGAUGAUUCCUCCGUUCUACGCUGUGCUCGACCGUAUCAACGACUUGCUCGACCCUGUCACUGGUGUGUUUGGUGUUGUCGACUUCUACGUUUCUGGUAGCAGUGGCCCAUUGGCCAAAAGUCCUAUGAUCGGCGGUGACACGCGACGCCAGUGUGGCUGGCUCAGCCGAUGGUUCUGGAGCAUGUGGUUCUCGUUUGACCACAUCGAGUUGCACCCAGCUCGGCGUGACUACCUGGAACACAAGUUUGGCACCAUCAAGUGCUACAAUGGGCGCAACAACUUUAUCAUUCCUUUCAUUGUUCGUAUCCCCUACUAUAUCUGGCUCGGCGUCUCGCGCGAGCGUGACACGACCAAGGCGAUUCAGGCUUUCGAAGUGGAAUCGGGCAACCGAGUGGUUGUGCCGCCUUCGUUUCCUGAGCUCGCGUACAUGCACAACGGCGAGGCGCACACCACACAUUCCAUUUCUGCAGCCACUGCCACUGCCACUGCCACUGCGACCGGCAUCGACGCAGACGAAGAUGCCAGCAGCCGUUUCGAGCCCGCUCGUAGGCUGCUGCGACGACGCGUUUCGGAAGCGACCACGGAAAGCGACGCCGACUCGGACCGACCGCUCAAGCUAGAGCUGGGCCCACACUUCCCACUGAGCUCUUUCCACUACCAGAAGCGACAGUGGCGUCUUCCAUUUGUGGACAACGAAUUCAGCGACAUGUUUCGCACUUGGAUCUACGGCUUCACCUGGGAAGACCCUUAUGUCGACAUGCAGCACCUCGAUCUGGGCAAGGAUGACUCGAUCCUGUGCAUUACUUCGGCAGGCGACAAUGCGCUCCACUACGCUGUGGCGGGAAAGCCACGCCGGAUCCAUGCUGUCGAUAUGAAUCCUUGCCAGGGACAUCUGCUGGAACUCAAGCUGGCGUGCAUCGCCUCGCUCAGCUACGAUGAAAUGUGGCAGAUGUUCGGCGAAGGCCGGAUUGACAACUUCCGCGAACUGCUCGACAGCAAGAUCUCACCGUAUCUCUCUUCGCACGCCUAUCAGUUCUGGAGACUCAACACACGUGCGUUUGACAAGGCGUUCUACUUCCGAGGAUACUCUGGUCACGCACUGCGUCUAGCCAAGUUCGCAUUCAGCGUCACGGGCGUACGACGAUGGGUGGAAAAAAUGUGCACCGCCAACUCGGUCGAGGAGCAGCAAGAGGUUUGGGACAAGAAACUUCGCUCGACGCUGAUCAAUAAACCGCUGAUCCGACUGUUUCUGUCGAACCCGGCAUUCUUGUGGAAUGCGCUGGGCGUCCCCAUGAACCAAUACCAGAUCUUCCUCAACGAGGGAGUGUCGGCGGAACAGUUUGCGAUUGAUACCUUGGAUUCGAUCCCGAGUCGAAGUCUGAUCAAGAACGACAACUACCACUACCAGCUUUGUCUGCUCCACAAAUACACCAAGCAGAGUUGUCCACUUUACCUCAAGCCGGAUGGGUUCGCUGCGUUGAAGAAGCAGGCUUUGCAAGACGGGCUUGACUCGUUCCGUCUGCAUACCGACUCGAUCGUCAACGUUCUUCGUGGCUUUGAAGACGGUGCGUUGACAAGGGCGAUCACGAUGGACCAUAUGGACUGGUUCGACCCUGUCCCUGCUUCGCGACCCGCCCCGACGAUCAAGCAAGCACGACGCGACUCGGACAAGUCUGUCUCGGACUUGGACCGCGAAAUCUGCGAACUCUCGCGUGUGAUUCGCAAGGGCGGCGCCGUCUUCUAUCGGAGCGCCGCCAAAAAGCCAUGGUACAACCACCGAUUCGAAAAAAUGGGCUUCAGCGUACAACCCGUUCACAUUCGUGAGACUGCGAAACCAAUCGACAACGUCAACAUGUAUGCUAGCUUCUACAAGGCCACCCGCCUGUAA